UACGGCCAUUUAAUAUAAAGUACACAAAAAAGAAUCACAACUUUAUUUCUCUGUCAAUGAGUUUUCUCUGCUAAAACAACACAAAUUCUUGGGUUUUUGCAGAGAAAAUUUCAAUGGCAGAAGAAUCAAGAAGAUGGAUGGUAUUGAUAGCAACAACAUGGAUACAAGCAUUUACAGGCACAAAUUUUGACUUCUCAGCAUAUUCUUCUACGUUAAAAUCUGUUCUUGGCAUUUCUCAGGUUCAGCUGAAUUACUUGGCUAUGGCUUCCGAUAUGGGGAAGGCGUUCGGUUGGUGUUCGGGUUUAUCGUUAAUGCAUUUUCCGAUAUGGUGUGUGAUGUUCAUGGCUGCUUUUAUGGGGCUGUUCGGGUAUGGUCUGCAAUGGCUUUUGAUGGCUAGAUUCAUCACUCUGCCUUAUGUUCUGGUAUUUCUCCUAUGUUUGACAGCAGGAUGCAGCAUCUGCUGGUUCAACACAGUGUGCUAUGUUCUAUGCAUAAGAAACUUCGCAACCAACAGAGCACUAGCACUGUCCCUCACUAUCAGUUUCAAUGGAGUUACAGCCGCACUUUAUACCCUCAUAGCACAUGCAAUAGACAUUAAAAAUAACACUGUUUACCUCCUGUUAAAUGCAGUUGUCCCUCUGUUUGUUUCCAUCCUUGCGCUGUUCCCUAUCCUUCGCCAACCUCCUUUUCAGCAACUCUCUCAAGAUGCCACUCGUCGCGAUUCCUGCAUUUUUCUCGUCCUCAACAUUUUAGCCGUAUUCACUGGUCUAUACCUUUUGCUUCUGAAUUCACUAUCCUCAAUUGCAUAUAUAGCACGCAUCCUUCUCGUGGGUGCUGUUCUUCUAUUAUUCCUUCCCUUGUGCUUGCCUGGACUUGUGUAUGCGCGGGAUUGGGCUAGGCAUAAUCUCUUUGCGAGGUUCCAUUCCUUUAACUCAAGCCUCAACUUUGUUACUGCUGAUGAUUUCGAGCUUGUUAAGGGACUCAUUGGAAAUGAAAAUAGAACCAACUCCGGUGGAGAUUCCUAUAGCAUGAUAGAGCAAGAAGGAUGUUUUGGUUGUUUUGGUAGGGUAAUGGAAAAAAAUAGGUUAGCUAUGCUUGGUGAAGAGCAUUCAGCUCGAGUUCUUGUGCGCAAGUGGGAUUUCUGGCUUUAUUAUUUUUCGUAUUUCUGCGGAGCGACAAUAGGGCUGGUUUAUAGUAACAAUCUCGGACAGAUUGCGCAGUCAAUGGGAUACCACAAAAACCUUGGUUCACUCGUUACCCUCUACUCAACAUGCUCAUUCUUUGGUCGGUUGCUCUCAGCUGCCCCAGAUUUCCUCCGUGACAAGGUGUACUUUGCGAGGACUGGGUGGCUAGCAGUGGGGAUUGUGCCAACACCGAUUGCCUUCUUUUUGCUCGUCGCAUCAGGCAGCGAAGAAGCAUUGCGCGUGUGCACAGCAUUGGUAGGGUUAAGCUCCGGGUUUGUAUUUGCAGCAUCUGUGUCGGUCACAUCUGAGCUAUUUGGUCCAAGCAGUGCUGGGGUCAACCACAACAUCCUCAUCACCAACAUCCCCAUUGGAUCACUACUUUACGGGCUUCUUGCAGCUCUUGUGUACGAUGCCAAUGCAGGAAGCACCAACCUGCUGGAGACGCUGGUGGGGAAAGAAUUGGUGUGCAUGGGAAGGAAAUGCUACUUGAAGACCUUCAUAGUGUGGGGUUGCAUUUCUCUUGUAGGACUAGUCUCAAGUUUUAUACUUUUCCUGCGGACCAAACACGCUUACAAUCUUUUUGAAAGAAGGCGAAAUCUUCCACAGUCGUCUUAGCUAAUACGUGCCCUCUUUGUCACCGAAAUCAAAGAAAAACACGAGAUAAAUUUUCAAGUAAUCAUCAUACUGUCAGCAACGAAUAGCUUCAAGUCGACAAAAGACAAACGUGUCUAAAGAUUUAAAGAUCAAAUGCCGCUUAUGAUUGGGGUGGAUGGAGGCCAUAUCUUAUUCAUGCACAGAAAAUACAUGUAAUCAUGAUACUUUGAUUAGCUUCAAGUUGGCAAAGGACAAAUUUGGCAAAAGGAUUGAAAGAUCAAAUUUCACUAAUGGUUGGGGUGGAGGGAGGUCACAUCUUACUAAUGCUGCUCACAGAAUAGAGAAAGCUGAUGUGAGGGAGGACUACCCCGCUUGUGUAGUCCAACAUUUGAAGCAAAAGAUAAUAACUAAUUUUGAUACACUUUUCUGACAGAGAAACAAGAUCCAUUAAUUCUAAGAACAUGCAAAUUUAGACAUGUAA